AUGGCCCAGGAGCCGCUGGAGAAGAUGCUCCUUGCUUCAGCCGGGCUGGAGGGUGCGGAACGAGCCCCGGCACCUCCAGCGUCCUCAGCAAUGCCGGCCAAGCCAUCCAGCACCAGAAGACUGCUCAGGGUUGGGGGCUUUGUGCUUCCUGGGGGAGUGGUCCUCCUUCUCUUCGGGGUCCUUGGUGCCUUUUACUCCUGGAAAGUGGACAGCAAAGAGAUAAGUGGCAAAAGAACCUACAGUGUACAUUAUACAGUGAGUAUUGAUGGAAAAAUACAAGAAGGAUCAAUGGAAGUAGAUACUGCUAACAAUCUGCAGAUCUUUAAAACUGGAAGUGGAAGGGAAGAAGCAACUGAAGUUCAUGAUUUUCAGCUUAGCAUUGCCGGAACCCAUUUUGCUGGAGGAGAAAAAUGCUUCAUUAAAGCCCAAGCUAAAAUUCACAUCCCUGAGGUCAGCGCAAUGGCAAAAGAGAGCCUCUCUUUUGAUCUGAAAGAUGAAAUCCUACCAGCUAAAUUUGGUGAAAGCUCUCUUGUCUGAGUGGCUGCAAACCAGACAAUAAAGAAUUACAGUUUCCUGUGUCCUAAGAUUUUAGAGCUCUGUCAUGCUCUGCAAAUUCUCUGGCUUCGACCAUCCUCUCCAAAAGUUGGGCAAAGAAAGAAAAAGGGAAUUACUAGGAAGACACGCCAAACACAACCAAACAUUGAUCCGGAUCAGUUUGAAGCGGCUGCUGAAGAAGUAAAUACCAGGCCCCACUCUAAUCAAUGGGCUCAUGAACAAGAACGUUCAUCUAAUGCUACCCAACCUUCUGGGUGAAUCAUCAGGUCAACCUUUAAUCCAGAGAAUCCUGACCACCAGCUAGAAGAGGGUGACGGGAUGAGCUUUGACUCACAGCUGGAUCAUGAAGGGAUCUGCUGCAUUGAGGGCACCCGGAGCUACACGCAUUGCCGACGGAUUUGUGAACCUCUCCUGGGCUUUCCUCCGUGGCCUUAUCAUUUCCAGGGGUGUCACUCUGCUUGGCGGCUUAUCUUGCCUUGCAGUUGGUGGGUCACUCGAAUCCUGGGCGCUGUGUGAAAGAGAAUGAAAGGGGGCCA